AUGAGAGCUCCCCCUGCUCUACGGCUUUCUGUAAAUGAAUCCUUGGUGGUAGACCCCGGGAAGGACGUGACCCUGUCAUGCGAGGUGACCGCCGGAUUGCCUAAACCCACCGUCACCUGGUCGCGCUACCUCAACCCGUUGCCGAGAAACUCGUUGGUAAGAGACGGGACUCUGGAGUUGCGCUCGGUGACGCCCGCCGACUCAGGCUUCUACAACUGCACUGCAGUCAACAAUGUGGGGAACCCAGCCAAGAGGAGCGUCAACCUCCUCGUCCGAAGUAUGGGUAACCUUACCUUCCAGAUCACACCCGACUCCAACAAGGACAGUGAGAGCAUCCAGAUGGGCCGUGACCUCAAGCUUUCAUGCCACGUGGAUGCGGAGCCCCAGGACAAGGUGAACUACACGUGGUACCAGAACGCGGUGCUCAUCUACAACUCGGACAGCCUCAUUGUGCUGCACAGCGACCCAGACAUGGCGCCUGGUACUAGCAGUCUGGAGAUCGUGGACAUGAAGUUCCGCGACCAGGCCACCUACAGCUGCGUGGCCAACUUCCCCGGGAGCACAGUGCCUGAGCUGAGGGUAGAUGUCAACAUCACCCAGAACAGCGUUACUCCCCCAAUUUUAACGGUGCCAGAAGGGGGCCAGGUGGUGAGCGUGAGGGAGGGAGGCACCACCGACCUGGUGUGCCUGGUUGAUGGCAAGCCCCGCCCACCCGUGCUUUGGUCACGUGCCGACAAGGACCUGACCAUGCCCACGGGUGAGUGGGCGGUGGAAACACGCGACGGGCGCCUCCGCCUGACCAACGUCACCCGGGACCUGAUGGGUGCCUACCGCUGCCAGACGGCGCCAUACAAUGGCCUCAACGUCAAGCCACGUCAGGCACAGGUUCAGCUGAAUGUACAAUAUGCUCCAGUCCUGGACCCGGUUUUCCAGGAUGUUCGCUCGCCCAACUACCAGUUUGUAACCCUGCGCUGCAUCAUUCAGAAGUCCAACCCGCCACACAUGGCCAGCAUCCAAUGGACGCGAAACGGCGAGCCCCUGACCUCCCUGACCCCAAACCCCCAGGAGAACCCGCAGCUGAAAUUCAAAUUGGACCCCAGCAACAACGGCACGUACAAGUGCCGUGUCAACAACGGCGUGGGCUCUUCUACGUGCACCUUCAACAUCUCAUCCCGUCCAUACAACGCUGAGUUCUACUUUGACACGCCCAACCCCAUCCGCAAUCUGAAGGGCAACAACUUCUCCUACAACCUCCAGUGGACCCAGAGAGAGCCCGUGGCUACAGACCGGAUCAUUGGCUACUGGGUCAACGUUCGCAAUAAUGAAAAGAUGAAUCAGAUGAACCUGUUCUCCAAGCAGAUCGACAAGGAGCCGGUGAAGGGAGGCCUCAUGUCCUACAUCCUGACUGACCUGAAGAUCCUCCUCUCCUAUGAAAUCAGCCUGGCCCCCAUCACCACCUACAGCACAGGAGACUAUGUCAGUCGCACCAUCAAGUACUCAGAGCACAAUGUUUGUGGCUUUGAGGACAAGCACAUCUGCGGUUUCUCCCAGGACCGGGGCGACAAUUUUGAUUGGACAAGACAGAACCACCUGACACAGAACCCCAAGCGUUCAUCCAAUACCGGCCCAGAGAUGGACAGGAGUGGCACCAAAGAAGGUUGCUACAUGUACAUUGAGGCCUCUAGUCCCCGGGUACCGGGGGACACUGCUCGUCUCUUGUCCCCCCUCUACAACGUGACUGCUGCCAGGGGCCCCAAGGGCUCUGGUCAUCUCCCUUACUGCAUCUCUUUCUUCUACCACAUGAAGGGCAAGCAGACCGGUGAGUACAUAAGCCACACCGGUUCAGAAGUACAAGUUAGUAGCCUUGUCUAA